AUGGAUAGUCCCCAAGACAAGUUCAAAGCCGUUGCCAAACUGAAGAUUUCAGACAACAAAUAUGUAUCUGGUCGGCAAGAGGAGCUUAAGGCAAUUCGGGACUUUAUAAACAAGCAUUCUGAACUGGGUGGCGCCUUGUUAAUAUUCGGUCCUUGUGGAAGCGGGAAAACUGUGUGUAUGCAACACAUAAUAUCACUAAAUUUGGUGCCAAGUUUUCACUAUAUUACUUGUUAUAAAUUUUCUAGAAUCUCUGAUUUUUUCAAAAAAUUAAUAGGCAUAGUCUCUGGCAGCAACACUAAUGUCAUCGCAAAAAAUGAAGGAUGUGGUCACGAUUUUAAGAAGAAUGUAAUUUCGUAUCUGUCACAAUUCAAAAAUUUAGUAUCAAAACUCUUAUAUCCAAUACUAAUCGUCCUGGAUGAGAUCGAUGUUAUCGACCAGCUUUGUGGGCAGCAUUCAGGUUUUGGUUCCAGGGACUUCAUCAUCCAAGAACUCUUUGGCAUAGUCAAUGGCACUGGUAAAGUCAUUCUUAUCGCUAUUUCUAAUAACUUGGAAUUGGCAAGUUACAUUUGUGGCACAAAAUUUUCGAGAUUGCCGUUCAAGCCGUAUAAUGAGGACCAAUUGUUGAGCAUAAUCACUGGAAAACUUGGAAAUGACCAUGUGAUAAAUGAAACUGCAUUAAAAGUGGUUAUACGAAGGAUCGUGAAUUCAAGCAGUGACUGUAGAAAGUGUUUGGAUGUUUUUUCUCGUGCAAUAUCUGAAUAUGUCUAUUCAAAUGCUAAAAACGGCACUAGUGCCAGUAAUGAAUUUGGUGAAACUGAUGCAAACGAUGAUACAAAGGAACUAGUUACACCAAAAAGAUCUCGCAUCGAUUAUGAAGAUCACAACAUUAGUACAUAUGAAUCUACAGAAUUUGCGUCUGAAAUUGGAAUCCAAGACAUUUGUGCAACAACACCCGCAUUAAGCGUUGGUUCCAGGGACAAUUUGGAUGCUAAGAUCCAAUCCAUUCCUACUAUUCAACAAAUAAUCCUCUAUUCACUGGUGCAGUUAGCUCUGACAGACUAUUUGGAAGAAAUACCAUGCAAUGUAAUCUCAUUAUCCGUCAAACAUGUGAUGAAUGAAUUGCAAUUAAAUGAAUCUUAUCAGCUAUCGGUAGAAAUCGGGUUGGAAUAUCUAGAGGCGCUAGGUAUUAUUGAGAGAAAAGAUGAUAUUGUUCUGAUAAAGCCCCCAUUAAACUCACUAAUUGCGGCAUUUAACAAGAUAGAGUUGUUUGAGAAUUUGACUGUGUCUAAAAUUAGAAAAGGUGAUUCAGUCGAGUACAAAAAGCACGCAUAUAUUAAAAGACCUUGGUGGAAACGAAGGUGA